GAAAGGAAAAAAAAAUAGAAAAUAAGAGCUAAUAGGGGGUGAAAGACAUGAGCUGAGCUUUGUGUUUAGCGAGAGUAACCCCCUGCCGUGCACCGAUGGUGAAGGGGUGUAGAGACUGCCUGACCUGGCUGUGUGUGUAUGUACAGGAGGUUCCUUCUGAACAUCAAGAAACCCUUUUUCACUGAAAAUUCACAUGAUAGGGAGAGAAAGCCACAUGUCAGGUCCUUGUGACUGAACAGAAACCGACCAUGCCUCUUCCAGAAACCAUGUUUUGUGCUCAGCAGAUCAAAAUCCCCCCGGAGCUACCUGACAUUCUGAAGCAAUUUACUAAAGCUGCUAUUAGGACUCAACCUCGUGAUGUUUUGCAGUGGGCAGCUGCGUAUUUUUCAGCCUUGUCAAAGGGGGAGCCCCUUCCUGUGAAGGAGAGGAUUGAAAUUCCUUCAGCAACAGGGGAAAUAGAAGGUGGUUUGACUCCUGGACUCCUCAAAGUCUUGCACAAAAAGCUUUCUCCCAAAGGCAUGGUAACUGUUACAGAACUAAAGGAAAAAUGGAAGCACUUGUGUUUGCCAGAAGAGCAGCUGAAAUCUAUCCUGCAACUGGACAAUUUUGGCGAGGAGGUGGAAUGGAUGAAGAUUCUGGCACUUGGGUGCAGCGUGCUCGGUGGGUCCUUACUGAGUUCGAUGAAACAUGCCUGCGAAAUCUUAACAAGUGAGCCAGAAGGUGGAGCAGCUCCAAUUCCCUUUGAAACAUUCUCGUUCCUUUAUUUGUAUUUGGCCAGUAUUGACGGAGAGAUACCAGAGGAUGAAACUGAAGCAUUCCUCCACAAAAUUAAAGAAGAAGCCUGGACAGAGAAAAUAUAUGGAAGGCUUCUGGGUCGAGGUACAGGCAGGGAGACAUCACUCACCAGUUAUUGUCACAGGCAAAACAGACUUAACUUGGAGAAUUCAGUUUCAUUUAUUACCAAUCAAAUCAGAGCAGGAUAAUAAGACAUAAAAAUGAGUCUUAAAACACCUUCCCCCAACCCUUCCCUUUUUCCUCCUCAAAUUCACUCCCCAUUUUCUCUCCCA